CUCAUAAGUCCUCCGAGCUGGCAGGGACCUCAUAACAGAAGACGAGGCUGUUUGCAGCUGCAUUACGGCCGAAAACAGGCAAGACACAGCAGAGGGUGUAGAAGAGACUCCGGUUAGAAGAACUAUCACUGACCUAACAUGAUGGAGGUGGUCCUAACAAGACUGCGGGACUUCUCCUGCAAGACCUCCACCUUUGAUGACUGCAAGGGAGCACAAGAGAGCACGAGCAGGGACCCUGAGGCCAGAACCAACCAUGUCAAGGAAGGGUGCACAUCUGGUGGAGAAGCAAGCAAACUGGACAUAGAGAGUGCACUGGCCUGGCUGCGAAGGGAACUGAUGGAGAUGCGUUCUCAGGAUCAAGCCCUGAUUCGACAGCUGAUGGAGCUUCACUCAGGCAUCCAGGAGCUCAAGCAGGAGCUGUAUGAGGAGGAGCAAGAGGAGGAGACGUAUGAGGAGGAAGAGGAGGGGAGCUACUGGGACUCUGAGAGUGAACAAGGAAGCGGCAGUCUCUACUCCAGCUCAGGGGAGGGGGGCUUUUCCAUUUCCUGCCUAAAGAUGCCUCAGCAGCUUUAUUCGGGAACUUUAUCGAGGAGGAUGUUCUGCAGGAGAAGCUCUGUGCCUUAAAAAGUCAGACAAAUUUUUCAAAAAUGUGCCUUUUAAGGCAGUUAACAUAGACAAGGUGGAGUACAGUGACCCUAUU